AUGUCUGCCUCUCCCAGAAUUUCUAGUGUCUUUGGCAACUGGCGCGAGACUUCCAUAUCCUCGGUUGACAUUGAUCUUGAGGCACAAACUGUGACUGGUGCACAGGCCUCCUUCACUCUUCCUACCGCCAUCCAGGCAGCUCACUCUGCUGCCACCUCUACGCUUACACAGCAGAAUGACAAUACCACAGACCCCAUGGAUGUCUUUUUCGGGGUCACUCGCACUCGUGCGACUCACGAGAGUCGCCAUGACUCUUAUGCCACUCCUAGUCGCAUUCCCAUGCCUUUGGAUGGAGAAGCGCCUCCUCCAUAUGCAGAUGCCGCGGAGCCUCCAGCAUACAGCUCCGCUCCUGCAGAGCCUGUGACGCUUGCUAUGUAUCUGUUCAAACGUGGAUUUUUCUUCCCACCUUUCUGGGUACUUGGAGCAUUCAUCCUGUUCUUGCCACUCGAGGCCCCUGCCGACUUUGAGCCAACGAAGUCUGAGGAUGAGCGCCAGGAGUUGGUCCGGAUCAUGAGAGAUGCUGAGGUCAAGUGGGCUAAAAAGUCUGCUUGGGCACUAUUGAUCUUUCUCGUUAUGGUUGGCAUUAUGGUUGGUGCUAUUAUCGGUGUCCUGGGACCGUAA